UCCGCACACCUCAUUGGCCAAUUGAGCUGACCGUGCUUAGAUCUUCAACGCUCAUUGGUUAGACUUGCGGAAGGCUUCAUGGGAGUAUGUGGGUGUAGUUUUUUGUAUGUUGCGAAAGAGUGGGUUGAAGCACUUAAUAAACUACACUACCCAGGUAUUCCGAGUAUCUACAACGCCGUACUGUCAAACACUGAACCAGAAGGUCAGACGCUUCUUUUUUUUCUAAAGCCGAUGAAGACAUGUGUGGUAGGAAAUAGAGACGUAGCGACUUCGUUCACUUAGCCAGGGCAGUAUGAACAAGAACUGAGGCUAAUACGGAAAAACAACCACUCGUAUAAAAAUGCAGCGUGCAGCUAACUAACAACCUUCAGUCAGAAAGAAGUAGCCUAGCGUGUCGGCUCUCCUCUCGGCUAGCUUCUCUUCAAAAGUACAUCAAGUGUUCACCAGACAGCCAACAUGCUCAGGAGCCUGGUUCGACUUCGGAGUCACUUCGGAAAUGCCCAUGCUCUCAGUAAAGUGUGCCCAAGAAGUCAGCACGCUCGGUACUCCACGGCACUGGCAGAUAGAAGGAAAUUCUAUCAAGAUGUCAGCAUCUCCCAAGGUGAUGGUGGUAUAUAUGAGAUAAACCUCGACAGAAGGAAGCUGAAGACCCCGGGCGGGAAGCUGUUCACAGUGCCAAAUGAAGCCCUGGCCAUCGCCGUGGCAACCGAGUGGGAUGCUCAAAGGGACACGCUCAAGUUCUACACUAUGCACCUGACCACACUGUGCAACACAGCUCUGGACAAUCCCACCCAGCGUAACGAGGACCAAAUGAUCGGUGCUGCUCUGAAGUUUCUGGAGACUGACACUGUCUGUUACAGAGUCGAUGAGCCCCAUGCUUUGGUUGAGCUACAGAAAAAUGAGUGGGACCCUGUGCUGCACUGGAUUGAAAACAGAUACAAUGUCACCAUUGGCUCCUCGUCCAAUAUUUUGGGUCCUGAGAUCCCAAAUGCAACCAAAGACACAUUCCGGCAACACCUGAAUUCAUACAACUUUUGGUCUCUGACAGGGCUGGAGUAUGUGAUCACACAGCUGAAGUCUGUGGUGCUGUCGAUGGCGAUGAUUGACAGACAUCUGAAUGUGGAACAGGCUGUUCUACUCUCUAGACUGGAGGAGGAAUACCAGAUUCAGAGCUGGGGAAACGUAGAGUGGGCCCACGACUACGACAUGUAUGAGCUUAGGGCACGGACGGCUGCUGGAGCUCUUUUUGUCCACCUCUCAUCUGAGAGUUCAACUAUCAAGCGGAAACUUUUGCAGGACUGAGAAGGAUGAGCUCAAACAUAAAACUCUCAGAGAGCACUCUGCAAAUCUGCCCCUCAAACUGAGAACACCCCUAGCUCCUCAGUUUAUCCAUGAUUCUACAUCCAUGCUGACAAACCAUAACGUCCUGUUUGUUCUAUUUCGCAGCGGCAGCUGCUCUGUCUGUGAUCUGUAGCAGAUUCAUCUCACUCCAGCACAACAUACUGGCUGUCUUUUUUGCAGUGUUUUUAUGUGGCAGCUGCCAAGAGUGACACCCCUCACAGAGUUUCCAGUCGGUUCUCAGGCAUCCGUGACAUUUUGGCCACUGGUGACUACUGCUGUUGUCUGUUUGGUGGUGGAAUGUUAAUUCCACUGCUGCUUUUUUCCCCUGUGUGCUACAUUUGAAUUCUGGAAGGUGCAUAUUCUGCUCUAACAACAAACUGUCCAUACUUACUGCACCAUGUGUAGAUGAAGCUGCAAUGCAUGUGGAAACAUAUUCACUGACAUUAGGUAAAACAUACUACAUUUAAAUUACUAUCUGUAAUUGAGAUUGUCAUAAUUCAUGUUGUAUGUGUUUUGGCAAUUUCAGUGCAGAAAUGAGGUGAGCAAUUAAAUCCUCUAACGAAA